UUCUUAUUAUUCCAGCUGAGGGGUUCACUUCCUUCUCACCAUGGAACUCUUCAUUUUGCUCUCCUUCGCACUCUUUUCAGAGGCCAUGGUCAUGGACGAAAAGGUGAAGUCAGGUGUUGAGCUCGACACAGCUUCUGUUACCUGUAACUACGAUGCCCACUACAAGGACCACACCAAGUACUGGUGCCGGGGCUAUUUCAGGGACGCGUGCAACAUUGUCGCCUUCACCCCUAACAGCACUAGCCGUGUGGCCCUGAAGGACACAGGAAGCCAACUCAUCAUCACUGUAUCCUGCUUGGUCAAGAAGGACACAGGCUGGUACUGGUGCGGCAUCCAGAGGGACUUUGCCAGAGAUGACAUGGAUUUCACACAGCUGAUUGUGAGCGACAACCGAGAAGGCCGGGACAGUGGUCUCUCAACUGACCCUUCAGGCAACAGGAACCGGAGCUGUAGGGCUUCCAAAGCUGUCCAAAAAGCAGAGGGCUCCAGAAUAUCCAUUCUGAUCAUCUGCAUACUGAUUACUGGUUUGGGGAUCAUCUUUAUAAUCAGUCAUUUGUCCAGGGGAAGGAGAAGCCAAAGGAAUAGGGGAGUUACUGGCAAAAGCAUGACUAGAAAUUCCCAAGCAAGCCAAGCUCCGUCUGUGGUCUCCAUACCGUUGUAGGCAAUGAGUCGAAGUUCUAUCCACAUGUUCUGACUCAAGGAAAUGGCUCGGACUGAACACGUGUGACUGAAGAUUUCUUUCAUUUAGCUCCUAAAUCAAGUGAUAGCAUUACGACAGGAUCUCCAUGACAACUGGCCUGCAUCUCAGAGACUGAUUCUGACCUUUCAAGAUCUCUAAAAGGCCACCUGACCUUCAGCAAUCUUUUGUGGCAAGGUGACCACAGCGGUGCUUAGAAGAGCUUUGAUAGACCAUGGCAAUCAAAGCUGCCAUCGAACAUUAUCUCCAGACCUUAACUCUCAUACUUUAAAUUAGAUUAGUGAAGAAGAGAUACAAAAUCUGGGGCAAGGGGAAAAGACUUGUAUUUUAUUUUUCAGCCAAUAAAUAUCUGAAUACUGUUGAAAGAGCCCCCAGGUAUGACUGACUUCUCCUGGGUUGUCAUCACAGGAAAAGUUUUGGUUGACAUGUUCCUAAAAAGCAUAAUAUGCCAAUGCAUU